CUUCUGUACGUUUGUAGAUGCACCGCACCGAACGGGAGAAUCCAUCUGCGUGAGUUUUCAAACAGCCCGCACACAAGGUCACGACCAGUCGUAAGACAAGAAACUCUCACCACUCUCGCUGACGGCCAGUCAAGUCAGUCAGUCAGUCAGUCAGACGCCCGCACUCUCACCUCACAUCGCAACACUCGCUGCCCGCUACGCUGCCACGCCGCGCAGGGCUCUCAAACAACUCUCACACGCAACACGCACGCACAUGGUCAUGUUGGCAUCCCAUCCCCCGAUCUUUUUCUCUGUCUGUGAAAAAGCACCACCCUACCCCACCUUGUCGACCUACCCACGGGCUGAUCUGAUGCACACCACGCACCACACGAGUUGGCUGCCCGCAGGAUGCCGCUCUGCGGCCCUGCUCGCUGCCUCGUGCUUGCAUGAAUGCAUGGUGCAGGCCAUGUUAUGUUGUCUCGCCUCGCCAGCACUGUGAGUGACCAAGGCCCGCCCCGCCAAGCCCUCAUCACCGGUGACCCAGGGCAAAAUUGGUUCAUCCAUGCAAUGCAUACAUACAUCACACCAACGCACGCAGAGACACACACAUCCCGGCAAAGGAACCCUCAAGCAGACAGACGCGUACAUCCACGGGCAGAGAGGCCGCUGUACCAAUCAAACGGCCACCAGCCGUCUUGGCAUGAUGGAACACAUCACGCGCAUAUGUGUAUUGUAUGAAGGGAAAGCCAGUCAGGCGGGACGGGAAGAGCAAGUGGCCCAUGCUGGCGCGGCACGUACCAAUAAAAUCAAUCAGGCAGAAAGAAACACAGAGAGAGAGAGGUGUGUGGAGAGCAGGGUGUGGUGUGAAAAGGGGUACAAACGUACAUGCGCCAAGCAUACAUACACACACAGCGAAACACAACAAGGGUCGGGAGGGAGGCUGCCAACAGGACAGGCUCGUCGUGUUGCAGUGUUCGCUCACUCAUUCAUUCAUCUCAUGAAUCGAAUCGAGUCACUUGGCGACCCCGUCGACGGGGUCGCCGACAUACCCGUCCCUCUGCAUGUCGCCAUAGACGGGGUCCUCCGCCGUCUGCAAAAAGAGACAGAGGUGUCCACCCGGGGGGAUGCACUCAGUCUGUCUCGCUGGCUGAGAAUCUGUUUGUGCUUUUCUCAGCUCACCUCAGAGUACCAUCCAUUGCCGAGAUACCCCGACCUGGGGAUGCCUGCGGCGUCGAGCGACGGGUCAGCCGGCCGCAGUAGGAUAUCCUCGACGUCGCGCUGGAUGGUGGCACACAUGUCCGCCAGCGUCAGCUGCUUGUUGUAGUAGUCGAACGGCUCCUCAAUGAAAUGACCGAUCUCCUGGUGGACACAAAAACAAAAGCAGAAAGGAGACAAGAAGGUAAGGCCGCACUCACUCACUCACAGCCGGAGGGACAGGGCCUCCACCUCGCUGCCCCACUCCUGUCUGUACCUCGAUGGAGAAGAGUCCCCACUGGAGGACGAACAUAGCCAGAGGCGUGAGCAGGCCCAGUUUGGUCACCAGCACGAAGGGCAGGGUGGUGCAGAAGACCGUCAGGAAGCGCGACGUGUGUCGGGAGUAGGACUUGGGGAUGGGCGUCUUGGCGAUACGCUCACACGCUCCCAUCACGUCGCACAGAGUGCCCAGGCACUUCUCGAUCUGCACACGGUAGGCUGACACACACAAGCAAGACAUGGGCAGAGGUGUGAGGUGCAAGGUGCUGACUGCAGGUCUGUCUGUUCCGCCCAUCCCCUUACAUAGAGCCGUGGCUGCCUGGCUACAUACAUACAUGGGUUGGUGAAGAGUUCGGGUCGCACGCUGAGGGAGAUGCUCUGCUGACCGCUCUGCUGACGGAACAUCUCAACCACCGAGGACUCUGCACACACACAGGCAGCACAAAACACCACAGCACACCAUCCGCUUCUGGCUGGCUGGCCGGCCCCACGCACCUGCCCUCCCUCCCUCCCUCCCUCCCCGUAUCUGUCUGUCAGUCUGCCGGUCAGGUCGAUCGGCCCCUCACCCACCGACUCACCCACCCUCCCACCUUUGUUGUUGACGCCCACAGCCUGCGGUGCGUUGACGUUGAUGCCCACCGGCGGGGGGCUCGUCUGCCCAACCGGCUCCAGGCUCCCCUGCAGCGCCAGACGCAGCUCCAGAUUCAGCAUACGCAGAAUCGCCAACGGAGGGCUUCCCACUCUGCAUAAUGGAGGAUGGAUGGAAUGAACCAAACCGACGAGGGAGACAACACAACACAACCACACACACACACACACGAACAGGUGGGUGAAGUGACAGGUACAGGUACGUGAGUGACUAUGUGUGUCUCUCUCUUACUUCUUGAGGGCUUCGUACUCCGUCGGUGUGAAGUACUUCUCUAUCUCUGAGAUGUCGUCGAGGCCCUGUAGAUGCUGCUUCAGCGCCGCACAAAAGGCCGCCGUCAGGUUGCCGAACCCUACACGGGCCAUGCCAACCACAUCGACAGACAUGAUGUGCACAUGGGACGGACCGGAGCCCACGUGUGGACUGGCUGCUUAUCUAUCGCCUGCUCACUCACUCUUGUGGUGUCUGGGGUGGGUGUAUGUCGCCGCACAGUAGGCGAUCUCGCGCGACUUGUUGACCAGCGUACCCCAAAGCUUUCGAGCCUCCCAGAACCUGCCGUGCCGUACACAGACGUACAGGUGGGUGUCAGUCACCUGUCAGCUGGCCACCGUGGGAGCGAGCCAUCUGUCUGUCCAUUUACCGACCUGUCGUAGGAUGCAUUGGUCCUGAAGACGAGCAGCAGGGCGAGAGCGCUGGCCAUGAUGGAGUGUGGCAGCACGGGGAACUCAGGCAGCUCGGGAUAAUACUCCCACAAUGCAGCAACGCCGGCAGCCCACAGCUGUGCACACACGCACACGCACACACCACAGGCAGAGCAGACAGAUGAAUGAAUGAAUGAGUGGAUGGAUUCAUUCAUUCAUGAGUCAACCCCUCAGCGCGUGCAGAUGUGUGUGUGGGUGCAGACAGAGCCUGAGCUGCGGCCCCACCGUGUUCCAGAAGAGGUGCGAUUGGAUGCGCUCGAAGAUCUUGGACCUGGGCAGGGAUUGAAUCGCAUACAGCCAGUCCUGACACAGCAGUGGACACCCAUACCACAAGAGCGUGCAAAAUGAGUCUGCCCGUCGCUGGCUCUAUCGCCUUCCGCCGGCCUGCCCUCACCUUGGACGAGUAUCUGACGGGCUUCUUGAGUGCCAGAGACACUGUGGCUGGCACAUCUGCCUCGCCGCCGGGGAAUGGCCUCGUCACCUUCCUGGUGUGCGGCCGCAGGAUGUUCGACGGCUGCAGAGGGCUGGGGGGGACGAAUGCAGGCAUGGCUGUGUCGGCAUCUGUCGGUGCAAGCAGCACGGCAGCCGAGGCCGCCAGACCCGUCAGCGAGAUCUUCAUCGGCUGAGGACAGCAGCGAUGUGGUGGGUGGGAAUGGGGCAGACGGG